GCGAGGUUACGGUUACGAUUACUAUAGUAUAGAUAGGGUGAUAAGGAUAAUAUUUUGUUUGUGCGUGUGUAGUUGAAAGUUCUUCUGAUAGUUGUUUUGUUAAAAUACAUCUGUUGAUUAUUACUGCCUUACCGAAUGAAAUGUGUAUCAAUUUAUUUGUGUGCGACUGAGUUAUUUAGAUGUUUAUCUAUAUUUUAAUAGCAGUUUGAGUAUCAAGCUUCAGCUAACCUAUAAUUUAUUUCAUUCUUACAAGCCAACAUUUUAUAUUAAUUGUUGGAAUAAAUUAUUAGUUUCAUGGAGCAAUAUAACUUACCUACAAGUUUUGGUUCUCAGAGACGUCAGUUUCCCAGUAACAGUUCUUAUGUACCUAAUAAAAGAUUACGAAACACAGAUAUUUUGGGUUAUGUAGAUUUAGAUGAAGUAUUUAACAAAAGUUUCUCCUUCUUCAAUGGCAAGGGUAGUUAUAAAAGAACUAUUUGUAAACUUCCAGAUCCAAAAUCAUUAUUUGAAGAAGAAAAGUGGAAGCUUGAAAAUUUUCAAGAACUCAAGACCAUCUUAAAUGACACAAAAAGCAAAUUGAAUGAUUUAAACUUGAAAAAUUGGCAUAGUCAUACGACAGUUACAAAUAUUGCUGGGGAUGUAAUAAAAAAAGUAAGACAAAGAAUUCAACCCGAGUUUUUGACCCAGGCCUGGUGCAAGAUGUAUGAAUGCUUGAUGUCAUUCUAUCUGAUACCAAAAACUUUCGAAAAUAAUGUGUUCAACUCGUUACACUUGUGCGAAGCUCCGGGAGCUUUUAUCACAGCACUCCACCACUUUCUACAGACUUAUUAUCCUGAUGUGCAAUGGAAUUGGUUGGCGACGACUCUGAACCCUUACCACGAGAGCAAUGAUUUAUCGCACAUGAUACCAGACGACAGGUUCAUCCUGCACACACUGUCACACUGGACCUUCGGAGCAGAUGGCACUGGCGAUCUCAUGAACUUGGACAACUUGCGUCAUCUCCAGGCUGAAGUGCGCAAGACUCUGCAGGGCAACGUCACACUGGUGACAGCUGAUGGAAGCAUAGACUGUCAGACUAACCCAGCCGAGCAAGAGGCACUGGUCGCACCCUUACACUACUGUGAGACUCUCACUGCUCUCUCCAUCUUGCAGCCAGGUGGCAAUUUCAUGCUGAAGAUGUUUACAUUGCUGGAGUGUGACAGUAUAUGUUUAAUCUACCUGCUGGUGUGCGUGUUCGAGUCAGUCAGUGUGUUCAAACCUGUGAAGAGUAAGGAGGGUAACUCCGAAGUCUACGUUCUCUGUGGUAACUACUUUGGCAAACACCACUUCGACCCUUGGAUGCCUUCUCUUCUCAAGAUGUUCGGUAAAAAUUCCACAAAAGCCAUGUUCUCAGUGAAAGAUAUUCCUGAUGAGUUCAAAGCCGAACUGUACGAAUGUGCGAAGAAGUUCACCGAUCUCCAGAGGCGAGUUAUCGAACGCAACUUGGACCACUAUUUGAGAAAGUCACCAAUGAAACAGGUCAACACCCGCGCUAUCAAGGAGAAGGUUGCAGAGAUGUACUUACAGAAGUACGACCUACAACGCGUCUCAAAAUCCAUUGUCGGCAACGACAUUCUGGGAGAAACACCAACAUUCAAUUUGGCACCAAAGUACGAGGAGGGUUCGUUCAAUGACCGACUACGCAAGUCUUGUAUGAGCAAGUCCGAGCACUUGAAUCAGCUGUUGGAAGGUAUCAAGGUCAUAGGUUGUGAGUGGCCCUUCAAGGAGAGAGCGUGCUGGUUCAUGUUCAACAACCAUAAAAGACCUCAGAUAGACAUGACUUUUGGCCAGCCUGUGAUGCAGGUUCGCAGCUCCAAGUUCUGCAACAGUCGCAUCCUCGAAGCUUACCUUGAAGUUACCUCAGCAAUGCUCAUUACAUCUACGGAGCAGGAGGUAGACACCAAGAUCACGCUGGAUGUGAGCCAGUUCCCCUGGGACUCCUGCACGUCCCACUGUAACAGCCAGAUGCUGGAGUGUGUCUCAAGAGCUCUGUCUAGUUACAAUACACAUAGAAUAGUAGAAACAUUGUUGUGUGACACAGGGAGCAGGAGGGACACCAAGAUCACGCUGGAUGUGAGCCAGUUCCCCUGGGACUCCUGCACGUCCCACUGUAACAGCCAGAUGCUGGAGUGUGUCUCAAGAGCUCUGGACAAGCUGGAAAACAGCUACAGUCUUUGUAUCCGAGGUCUGCCACUUCUCUCACAGUUUUCCGUUGCCACUGUAUUUCUUCUCGCCCACGCCUUCUAUCAGGUGGGGCUGACAGUUGAUGGCAACGUGCUCCUCUGUGGCUACCAACAAUCCCGCGACAAGGCAGAUUGGAUCAAGGGAGUGUUGGAGAAGAUGCGUUCUUUGCCGAAGGAUCUGGCCGUGCUGUCUCUUAUCCCCAUCAACAAGUUAUGUGAUCCUUUCUACAAAAGCUCGGACAAUGUCAGUUGGUACGUGUGUGUGUCAAGCAUAAACAAUGCCCGCCUUCUGCAGGCUCUGGAGUCGGCCGUGCAAAGACUUCAGCACCAAGUCUGAGCCCGCGUGGAACAUCGUCAGUCUGUGAUAACUUCUUACAUUCUACUGGACUCAUGGUAGAAGUCAUUCAUGCUAGGAGUGCAUUUAAGUCAUUAGAUCGUGUCGGUAACUGUAAGAGUAAUUUUAAACGUUUUAAAAAUUUAUAUCGAUUAUCAAAUGUAAUUUUUAUAGUUAUAGCUGUCAUCAAUGAUUUCUUAGUCGGCAGACUGAGUCAGUGCAAUAAUGUUUCGAUCAUUAGUUUCCCAAUUUUUAGCUUUUAUUUUAUUACACUAAAGUACCUGAUAUAAAGAGAAUUACUCUAUCAAAAAUUAAUGCAAUCUUUAGUAGGUCAAUGUUCAAUUAGAAUUUAUUAAUUGCUAAUCGAGCCAGACAGUUUUACAAUGCUCUGGACAGAAGCAGGACAGCUAUUAAACCUCCUGAACCUGUUAUUUGGGGAAGGGAAAUGAAGUCAAAAAGUGCCAAAAAUUAAUUGUAGCCUACAGUAUUUAAAUUAAACUAGUUAAGUAGUAUUAAUGAUAUACCGAGCUGAGUGGUUAGUCAAGGGAAUAGGGAGGGGCUUUUGUAUGUAGUCAUUUUGUUUUUUAUAAAAAUGUGUUGUAUUUUAUUUGUAGUGGUUUCAAAUGUUGUAUUUCAGGUUUAUAAAUCAACAAUGAAUUUAAUUAUUGUGAUCAGUGUAUUAGUUUUAAAUCAGUAUUUCUUAGUUUUGUAAGUGUAUUUAGUGAAUAGUUCCAGUAUUGAGUUGACAGAUAAUUGUUAUACAGUAAUAUUUGUAAUAAUUUGAUGAGAAAAUUGUACUUACUGUUAAAAAUUAUACAUCACUAUUUUCCCACAUCCUUCAUUGUAACACAUUAAUCCCUGCUUAGUGGAAAUGAACUGGGUAGGGCAUUGAGGUUGAAAAUUGAGGGAUUAAUGUUAAGUGCAUGACAGUGUGAAAUAUCAAUAAAUUGAUGCAAUCAGAACACCACUAGACAUCAGUCUCUGUACUGGAUACAGGAUACAGGCAUUGUAAAUAAAAUGCUGUUAUUUUAUACUAAAA